UUUCCUUGCCGGUCGGUUGUAAGCCAGUGGUAUCCCGCCGAGUUUUCCCGAAGCGAAGCGCGUGGCUCUACUAUUUUUCAAGUGUCUUUCCUUUAACAUCGAUGUUCUUUUAUAAUUGUUGUAGAUUCAGUUCUUGAAAUCGGUGAUGGAACCAGUGACACGUUAUGGCUUAGACCAAGAAAGAAGAGCGAUAUUAGACUAUUUAACCGCAGAUGCGUGUGUUUUCGAAGAAAAAUUCAAAACGCUCAAAGUAAGAGCGACAAAGUGCGCUGAAGAAUCCAGAAACAUACGAUCAAAAGCCGUGAGGAUACUUUAUCAAAAAAAUCACGAUGUACAAGUACACGAGCAGCUAUCGAAACAGUUCACUGAAAGCAUCGCUAAAGCACCGAGCGAGACAGAAGAGAUAUCUUUGGCAUACAACGACAGAUCGAAAUUCUUGUUUCACAUUCGGAAAUACGCCGAAUCCGUUAAAGACAUCGAACGUGCUUUACAAAUAACGCAAAUAGAUAGUUUAAAAGUCGAAUUGUAUUGUCGUAAAAUCGAGUGCUUCGUAGCGUUGGGUAUAAGCGUCGACAAGAGUACUUACCUGAAAACCAAAAUGUACCUUAGUAAAAUUGACAGCUCGGACGAGAAUCAACAUAAAUUAAAAAAAUUGAUGAAAAGAGCGAAGCAAACGAUGGAUCAAGGCCAAAAAGACCCGCAAACGAAAGAUCCGAGAGAGCUGAUAUGCACAUCGUCUUCGGCAGCAAGACUGACUCACAGUCAAAGAUACGGAAGACACUUGGUGGCGACACGCGACGUCAAGCCUGGAGAAAUCGUUUGUGCAGAGAGAUUUUACGCCGUGACGCGCAAUCCAAGUGAACAGUACACUUAUUGCAGUCAGUGUUUGAAUGUAUCGUUGACUUUAGUUCCGUGCAGUCAGUGCGACUUGAACAUGUAUUGCUCGGAAAGCUGUAAAGCUAAAUCUUGGGCUAGGUAUCACGAUGUCGAAUGCGCUCUCGUUACGCCUAUUAUGCAAAUUUGUCCAGAUUUCGAUUUUUCUUGUCGACUAGCUUUGAAGUUCUUUAUUAUGGCGCUUAAAGAAGCUGGUUCCUUGAAGAAUUUGAGAGCAGAAUUGACGGAAAUUGAAGCUUGCAAAGACCCAUGUUCGAGAGGAAUGAUCAACGGCAAAUUUCGUAGUAAUACAUUCAAAAGUGUAUUUAGUUUAUCUCAUCCAUUCCGAUGUGAAAAAUUGAAGUACCUAACCGAAAAGUGCGUCGUUUCCUUGAUCGCUAUUGCUAAGUAUUCCAAGUUAUUAGGACAAACUUUCAAAUUCAUUGAUAACAGAAAGAUGGCUACAAGUAGGGAUGCAGUUUUUCUUGGUGGGAUGCUUUUGAAAUUUUCACUUAUAGCCUAUUCAAACUCCAUUGAUUACUUAGAAAAUUAUACCGAUGUGAUAGUACAGAAUGGCCAAAUUCAUCUGAAAAGAAUGAUAUCUGCUUCAAGAGGACAAGCAUUAGCUCCAGUAACGAGUCUUAUAAAUCAUAGUUGUAAUCCAAAUGUUAAUAAGUUGUACACGGACGACGGUAAAGUUAUAUAUUAUUGUAUAUUACCAAUAACAAAGGAUUCUCAGAUUUUUGAUUCCUACUGUCCGCCAUUUUAUUCCACAUGGUCAAAAGAUGAUAGGCAAAAAUAUCUCGAGGAUUUUUAUCAAUUUAAAUGUAAAUGUGAGGCAUGUCGUAAAGAUUGGACGUCAGCUCCACGUCACAACGAUGACAGAACGGAACACUUAGAAUUACUACCACAGCACAUCACCUCUAAAGAUUCUGAAACGAAAUCAAUUUUCAAAAAAAUAUCCAAUUAUAUUAAGAUAAUAGUGAAAUCUGGAGAUAUGAAAACAAAAUUAGAAACUUUUAGUUCGAUAGGUGAUGACAUUGAGACUCUUUUAAAAAAUGUGGAUUUUCCAUCGCCUCAAGUGAUAGUGUUUUUUUACUUGUUACGAUUGGCAUACGACAAGACUUAUGGUUGUAGAAAAGCCGUAAUACCUUUUGGAAAUUGCAGAAAAACGUGAAUGCCAAUUAAGAAUUAAGAACUGUUGUAAAAACCAUUGUGCUAAAGUAUUUUUACGUAUUUUUUAAGGAACCAAAACUUCCUUUGUAGAUAAAUAAUAUAUAGUAUACAGUAUAUACAAUAAUAAAUAAUAUACAGU